AUGAACGCUCAGGCGCUGGCGCAGCUUGCGAUGCAGGCGGUUCGCAUGGGAAUCGACUACAAAACACUUGGAGUCGGCUGGCAUCAUCCCUCUUCACGGACAGCAUACCGGAGCUGCAAGCACAGGUCCACGUCCUCACCAGCCUCACGCAAACGAGCUGCAGCAUCACGGGCUCGGAUCCUGGACGUCAUAUCAUCUCUGGAGGCUGGAGCGAUGGAGAUUCAGUCCGCGCUGAUUGAGGUUUUCAUCCAGGAGAUCGGCCUUCAGAAGGGCUCAAGCAUCAGUAAAACGGCGACCUGGUCCGGAGUUCUUGCAGCGCUAGACGCAGAGCUGCUGCUACCUCUCCGCGCCCUGAACGAAUGUCGAAUGACUCAGACUAUGUGUGGUGCUCCACUGCCUGAAGACGAUCUAAAUGGCGUUGUCCUGUCUCUCACGGAAUCUGUGCUUAAGAGCAGUUCUGGCUUUAGCGAGUGGCGAUAUAGCACACCGAAGGGAAAGGAACAAUUGCGUGGGCUGUCUGAUCAUCAGCUGAAUCUCUGGCAAGAAGCCACACAACAAGAACAUCCGAACAAGUUGAGGACGCACGAGGAUGCCCAUGGCGAAUUGGGAUUUUUCUGGGCCACAAAGAUCGGCGGUCCAUCGCACGGCUUCGAUUAUGAGAGUCAAUGCAUUUUACCACUGCUGGCAAACGCACGGCACAAAGUGAUAUUGGUCAGCGAUGCUGCCUGGACGCAACACCCUGUUGGCAGAGCUCAUUGGCGCUUGCUUUGGUCUGUUGGAUCUUGUGGGAAAAAGGCGCCAGAACCACGAUUGUGGCUGGAGACGGUUAAUGCCGAUUUCGAGGCCCCAGUGUCAUGCGAGGGCUGGGAGACAGCAGUGCUGACGCAUGCAGUUUCCAAAGCAGACGCAAUGGGAGUGCCACUUUCUGUAGAAUUAUUGCUGGCUGAUGCUCUGCAAUCUGUGCUUGGGGCCUUGAGAGACGUGGAAGAGGUCUCCGAGAGGAUGCUGCUUCGUCCCAGCAAUGCAAUUGUUGAGGCAUCAGAUUACCUCAGCUCAGCUCACGAUUGGGUGCAAGACGAGGACGAAAUCACUUUGCCCAUAGUUCGAGCGCUGUACACGCCGAG